AUGGCGGACGGGAAGACGAAGAAGUUGCAAGUGUUGAAGAAAAACACGACUGAUGUACAAACACGCUGUCAGGAGAGCUGCGCAAUUGACAACGAGUCACUGAUUUACGGCUGUGUUAUUGUUAAUCCGAGAUGCAGACGUGAGAAGGUGGGUUUGUUGUGUACGUCUGCCCUGUCGUCUGCCGCCCGUUCAUCGCGUCGCCGCGUGCACGUCCUUAACAACAAGCCGCUCUAUGUCUACGUCGGCGACCUCAACAGCACGACGUUGACGAGACCUCACUACUUCACCGUCCCCGACAACAACCCGACAUCCUGCGAUAAGCAGUGUGCAAUGAUGACGCCUUUCAUUGGCUUACAGGCGACAAUGUGUCUGUGUCUGCAUACAGUUAACAGAAGUGACCUGACGACCACGCCAGGUUCCCGCAUGUAUAAAUGCCCUGGCAGUUUUCUAGAGACGUGUGGUAGUCCAGACUAUAUUUCAGUCUAUAAAAACGAAUUGUCUCCACUUGACUUCGUCAGCUGGCGUCCCAGCACUGAAGGGAUGUGUGGUUUUAUCAAAUAUAAUAACAACUUUAAACAUUUUCACCUAGAAACGGACGAGUGCUCUACUGAGAGGUCAUUACUUUGCACACGCACAGAUAAUUCUACGAGCCCCGACUGUCGUGGAAGUGUGUGUGUAAAACGCGACUCUAUGAACUGGGCAGACGCGUCACGUGUGUGUUCCUUGGUCUCGAUUACCAAGUCCAAUGAGAGCGAUCUGAAGUCAUUGGUCGAACACAUGCCUUCCUGUUGGAUUGGACUCCGAAGAUCGAGACAGUGGGUGUGGCUGGACGGAGGCAAUGUCAAAGCCAGCGUCAUCAACGGCAGUGGACACGACAGCAGGGAGUGUCUUAUAUCUUCAACAGACUGGGCCACCAACAGAUAUUCCGCCGCAAGCUGCACUAAAAGACUUCCAGCUAUAUGUGUUAAAUAUCCUGAAGCACAGAAAAACAAUCAAAACAUACAACAAGAUUUUACCAGCACGGGUAUUGCGAUAGGCGCCGGUAUCGCGGCAGUGAUCAUUUGUGGCAUCGUUCUCAACUGGAUUCGAAGAAACAAAUGCGGAAAACAGGACGAAGAAGAUGAUACUCCUCCUGGCUAUUACUGUCACUUUGGAAAGAAACUCGAUAAAGAUGUCGAUUUGGCCACGUCUACAACGCUAAGUCACAUGACAGUCGAAAACGGCGUUUCAGAUUUAGAAGAUAAGGAUGCUGGUAUUGAGGUCGAGCAGUCGUCAAGUGUUAACGACGGGGGAUACGUAACAGCGGUUGUGACGUCAGCGUUACCACUGGGAUCAUCCAAUGGCGAUUAUUUUGUUGUAGAAAAAAAUCCUUUGGAAAUUCAGCGAAAUUGUAAUGAAAAUGACAGUGCAUCAUCGUCAUCAUCAUCUGCGUUAGGACUAUCUCAAAACAUCGGACAUCCUACAGAGGUUGUAUAUGACCGUCCUAUUAAGACUAACGAAAUAUACACAGAGGUACAGAAAUCAAAUUGGCGGCCACCAGCAGACGAUUCUGUCGCUAGCUACAGUCAUUUGAACACAUCGGACUACAACAGAGUCGGCUUCUACGAUACCGCUAACAUCGAUGGCCCGACGUUGUCAUCAUCGUCGUUAAAUGAUGAGAUGUACAGUCGUCUGAAAUAUACAGACGAUGGGGCCUAGUUUAGACUGGGUUUCGUCUCGCCUUGUCUCGCAGUAAACCACGGACCUCCGUGUUAAGGACAGGUGAUUUUGUUUAAAGCCGCAGACUCUUGUUUGGUCUUAGGCGUACGGGCUCCCAUUUUUGUAUGGGGGCAGACUGGCUUUUGUCCGAAUUAAACGAAAGUGUCCGAAUCUGCAUAACGACAUUUAUUCACAUUAGUAUUACUGCUAAACAGCUAUAUAGGGUUGUAAACUAAUCACUACGCAUUUUUACAUAGAUUACAAAUAAUUUGGAGAGUAGAAUGAUGGAAAUACAUGGUAAAAAGGUCUCAGAUUAGCAUAUUUUGCCUGAAUAUGUGUAUCAUUUUCGUUCGAAUGUGAGGUUUUGCUCCAG